AUGAGGAAUCUCUCUGUAGUGACUCAGUUCCCAAACACAGAGGGUUUGGAGACAAUGCUCUUUGUUCUGUUUUUAUCUUUCUACAUCUUUACCCUGAUGGGGAACUUAUUAAUCUUACUGGCAAUUGUCUCCUCCACUCGGCUUCACACCCCCAUGUACUUCUUCCUGUGUAAGCUGUCUAUUUUUGACAUAUUUUUCCCUUCUGUGAGCUCUCCCAAGAUGCUAUUCUACCUCUCAGGAAAUAGCAGAACCAUCUCCUAUGCAGGCUGUGUGUGCCAGCUCUUCUUCUACCAUUUCCUUGGUUGUACUGAGUGUUUCCUGUACACGGUGAUGGCCUAUGACCGCUUUGUUGCCAUAUGCUACCCUCUACGCUACUCAGUAAUUAUGAGCCACAGAGUAUGUGCCUUUUUGGCCUCAGGGACAUCAUUUUUUGGCUGUAUACAGGCUACUUUUUUAACUACUCUGACCUUCCAGUUGCCCUACUGUGGCCCCAAUGAGGUGGACUAUUACUUCUGUGACAUCCCUGUGAUGCUAAAGCUGGCGUGUGCAGAUACAUCAGUCCUAGAGAUGGUGGGGUUCAUCAGUGUGGGCCUGAUGCCUCUCAGCUGCUUCCUUCUCAUCCUCACUUCCUACAGCUUCAUUGUCUGCUCUAUUCUGCAGAUCCGCUCUGCUGAGGGCCGACGUAGAGCCUUCUCCACCUGCAGUGCCCACCUUACCGCCAUCUUGCUUUUCUACAUGCCAGUUGUCCUCAUAUACUUAAGGCCAACACCAAGCCCUUGGUUGGAUGCAACUGUUCAGGUCUUAAAUAAUCUGGUCACCCCUAUGCUAAACCCACUGAUCUACAGUCUCAGGAACAAAGAAGUGAAAUCGUCACUGUGGAAGAUCCUACAUAGCCCUGGCUUCCAUCCUGAGCAGUUGUAA